AUGGGACGCACUUUGGCCUAUCCCAAGCGGGUUUCCAAUACUGCCAACCGGUACAAGCACCGAGCCACAUAUGACCUCGGACCUAUUCAUUCAAUCAUAAACGACUCUCAGGUUCUCCAUGUAUCUUUCAACCCAGGACCAGAGGACCCGUUCCCUGCGAUCCUGCCUAUGAUUGGCCAAAUGGGCUCAUUCGAGUACCCCUCCGCCAGCAUUGACGAGCCUCUGGACUGCUACCUCCACGGCUACGUCAGCUCACGGAUAAUGAACCUAGCCCGCAACUGCGGUGAGGAGGAGGGACUCCCCAUCUGCGUGGCCACAAGCAAAGUGGACGGGCUAGUCCUCUCUCUCACUCCCAACUCGCACAGCUACAAUUACCGCUCUGCUAUCUUGCACGGCUAUGCAACCCUGGUCACAGACGAUGAAGAAAAGGUCUGGGCCAUGAAAUUAAUUACGAACUCCGUUCUCGACGACCGCUGGGAUCACUCGCGUGUGCCGCCAGACCGUGCUGAGAUGCAGUCGACAGUCAUCCUCAAGGUUAAGAUUGUAGAUGGCAGCGGCAAGAUUCGGGAUGGUGGUGUCUCGGAUGAGCGAAAGGACUCUGGUAACGAGGAGGUUACUAGCAGUGUCUGGACUGGUGUUGUACCUGUCUGGGAAACGUUCGGGACACCUAUCCCAAGUGGUGAUAGUAAGGUCACCGAAGUGCCCGAGUAUAUUAGUUCUUAUAUCAGUCGCAAGAACACCCAGAAUAGAGCUCUGGCUGAGGGUGCGGUGAAGGCUCCGCUGCCGCCUGCGGAGCAGCACUGA